AAAAAAGGAGCAAGGAGCUCCGUUCCCAUCUAUUCUUGUACAAAACUUGAGUGAUUGCUUUGAAAUCACAGCUUUUUUCUGAGUACACAGUGGCACUCCACUAAAUUUAAUUUAUUCCAUUUUGACACAAAUUAUUUCUUUCUGCUAUUUCCUAUGAUACUUUGCUGUUAAGGUUCCCUUCAACUGAGGGAAAGGGAGGUUGAUUGCCCUGAGAUCAGACUGCUGUUAGGAAAUCUAACUGUUAAGAAGCUUUUUCUGAGAUGAGCUGGCUCUGAGAAGGUCCAUGUGCUUGGGCACUGCAGGUAACAUGGCUUGGAGAGCCAGCUGCCCCUGCUUCUCUUGCAGCAGGUGCCCAGCUGAACCUGCCUGUAUCCAGGAGCAUGCAGAUGCUCUGUUAAGGUAGAAAGAGGAAGAUGGCAAUGGCACUACCAGCAUUUUUCAGGUUUUCCUUUAUCUGGAGUAUCCAAGACCUGCACGACCCAGGUCAUGAAGAGCCAAUUGCACAGCAAGAGUGGAAGAUGAGAAGCAGCUCAGUAAAAAAGGCUCAUGACUUGCAUCAGAUCAGAGACAGCCAGAAAACAACCACUUUUAAUGGCUGAGUGGUGCAAGUUAAGGUUUUUAUAUUAAGGAUAGCUACGAGUUUGAAGAGGGGGAAUGGAAGUUUUUCUGGGCAAAUUUUGAAAUAGGCUCUCUGUACUCUUGGGGAGUGUAUUAGCUGCAUUGCACCAUCAUGCACUGGUGGUCCCAACACACAGCAUAUGCUGGAUGUGCAUUUCCCAGCAACAAUGGUCACAUGGAUGGAUCUUUCCUUCUCUUCUGUUUUACCUAUUUUUCAUUUCCCUCCUCCUUGUUUAUUUUCUCUUGUCUCUCCUUUUAUGUAUAAUCCUCUUUCCAACAUACUUAUACUCUCUCUGCUCCCUGAGAUGACAUUCUGCUAAGCACACUUUUCCCCCUGCAAUGGCAGCACUCACAUCAUUGCCUCUGGGGACACUUGCACCACUACCAAGAGACAGUGUUUUUGGAUAAGCGCCGUCAUUAUCAGUUACUCUGUGACCCCAGGGUGGCACAGCCAACCCUCUGCAAAAGCACCUUCCGGGGUGAGGAGAAUGGUCCUGAGACAACACCCAGUGAGCUCUGCCCAUCCAACAAAGCAUUAUCCAUUGCUUGCUUGUGUGUACGUAUGUUCAUCUGAUUUAUAGCAAAGCUUGUUUUAUUUAAUUAUCUGAGUGGUUUGCCCAGGGACAGCACUGUACCAACCCCAAUGUUUUCUAAAAUAGCAAUGGACUAUGACCUGUGGCCAAGGGUUGUUUGUACUCCCAACACAGAACAACACUGUCACUAUCCAAUAUUAAAAUAAUUAGAGGUUUGUGCUUUCAUUUUGCUGGUUUCAUGCAACACUUCUUUCUGGUUUUGGCUGAAAGGCAUUUCUCAUCCAUAUGUUUUGACACUGGGGUUUGCCCAAGAAUGUGCUUAGGGAGAGGGUGAAUUAGGAGCUAAAAGUAGUACUGACUGGAAAAUGCCCCUAUUUACCUGAGCAAACAGGAGAAAUCUUAUUGGUGAUCCUUCUUUCUUCCUGUCUUGUCCUGAACUGCUCCAGGUUUCUUAGGAAGUCUUCAGUAAUGAGGAACAAAUAUUGGGAAUAUGCUGAAGAAAUAUAUGGCUUGUCAAAACAUGCUCAUUGUAUUUUUUGUGGAUGUUUGACACUGUGAGGGGGGAAGGUUUCUGUAGUGCAGAGUGCUGGUUUUGGCCAGACUAAGGGAUGUAGUUUAUCCAGGUAACUGGAAAGAGAUUACAAAUUUCCAUGGGAGUCUGAGGCACCUAGGGCAGUAGCUCCCACCAGAAUGAAAGAGGAGUGCAACACCCAGGAGGUCAGAAGUGACUAUUAAGUAUUUUGUUAUUGCGAGGGGCACUGUCCACUCGUUCACCAUCUCCAUCUGGUUUUAUGCCAAAAGGAAAAUCAAUACUAGCUCUGUGUGCGUAGUUGUGAUGUUUUGAGCAUGCACAUGAGGCCAGGUUUAUAGCCAGAAUUACUUCUUGCUAGUAGAAGUGCUUACUACUUAAUUUGCCUGUUUCAGACAAAUGAAAAUAUGUGGAAAAAUUGGAUAAGCCUUUGGAAAUACAGCUAUUUUUCAGAUCCUGAUGUUUGUUUCUUUCCAGCUGGGGCUGGCUGGUUGAAGAAAAGACAGUCCAUCCUUUUGCUGACUCCAAAGCUGUUAGUUGUUUGCAUCCAUUGUGGGACAGGAUAGUAUUUAAAAUCUCCACAUACAUGGCAGAAGGGCCUGAGGCAAUUAAAUGAAUAUUUCCCUAAGUGGGAAGUGCUUUCGGGCAUUUCUUAGCACUGCAUGGGUUUCUGAAAGGGAUUUUCUGCUUUCACAGACAAACACAUCCCAUAUUUUCCCAGAAAUUAAGCAAUCUUCAUCUUCAAAUUAUUUAUUCUUUACUGCUUCUAUGUCCACUGAAGGGCAGAUUCAAGGCUUUUUUGAAGGUGAGGGGACAUUGAGGAACGUGGGCUGCAGGCAUUUUUUUCGUGUGCAAAAUUAGGCAGACAUAAUUAAAGGUCCUUUCUGAAAAGGGGUGAACUAUCUGUCUCCAUCCUUGGAGAUAUGUAAUCUCCAGUCUUGGAAAUAUUCAAAAGCUGUCUGGGCAUGGUAGCUCCUGGUAGCCCUGCCUGAGCCAGCAUGAGGAAGAGAUCUGAAAACAAGACUUAAUCCGAAAACCAUCUGCAGUAUGCUCAUGUCAUUCCUUGGUGGUAUAAUCCUUUUUUUAUAUUAGGUGUGGGCCUGAGCUGAGCUAAGGGCAAGACCUGCAUUAACUCUGAUGAUGGCAGGACUCCAGAGGCUGGGAGAAAGGCAAGAAUACCGGGAAGUGAUAAGAGGGAAGAUACUGGGUGGAGACAGGAUCAUAAAAGAGCUAGGACACCUGUAAAAAGCAGCUGUUGCAAAACCCGACCCGUGUGCGGAGCUGGAGGAUGCAUGUCAGGCACUGUCAUUGGUGAAGUUUACCAUUUGAACAACUAACGUGGACUGGAAAAGAAGGAAGUUCCUGUGGACACCAUGUUGGCAAAGCCUGUGUGACUCUGAAUUAGUCCCGAUUUCAGAAAUGUAAGUGGCCCCCGGCACAGAAACACUUCUGCUUGGAUCCAGGAGUGGUGCAGCCAGGUUUGCACCUUUCACUUCAAAACCCUUUUGGUGGGAAAUUUGAUCAGCCUUAUAUACAAUGUGUGGGCUUACCAGGCUCUGCUACAGUGUUCACAGCCCUUUCUUGCAAAGAAAGAUGCUGACAGUCCUGACCUAAAUCUGGAGUCUUAAAUAGACCUCUGUUAGAACAAGAGUGCUCUGCAACGCCCAGGACUGUACUCAGCAGGAGAAAGGAAGAAAUUCUCAGUAUCAACUGUGUAAGAUCUGGUGCUGACAUGAAAUUAUAAAACAAAGGCAGGUGAUGUUUUGAAAGACUACAGCAAGCUCUUCAAAUGGUAACUGGGUUAGUGGACAAGAGAUUUUUUUUCUAUAGACUGGAAUUUCUAAUGCUACUGAAAUUAUUUUCCUUUUUAUUAUCAGACUGGAAAGGCUUCCAUUCCAGGAACGGCGCUCAGGCUGUAACAUAGGCUCCUUCAAAUAGGAAGUAUCAGUCACUGAAGAACAAGGGCCGCUCCUUAUUUCAAAACUUUGUAGACUCAGAUGAAAGGCUCUAAUAGUGUUGGCAGCAUAUUCCAUAAAUCACAUGAUUUCACUGUGGGCAAUCAUCCAUGUUUCCUCAAGGUUGUGACAUUUCCCACAUUUUCCCCUUUCCAGCCAAGAAACUGGCCAGAAGAAGCUGUCUGGACAUCAGGUUUGCAAGCGUGUAUGCAACAAGAGGAGCCAACCGGAUAGGACGUGUGUACAAAAAGGCUAUUUUUAGGCAAUUCACAGAUGACACUUACUCCCAGGAGAUCCCCAAAGCAGCAUGGCUGGGCUUCCUUGGCCCAGUCCUGAAGGCAGAAGAAGAGGAUGUCUUUAUCAUCCAUCUGAAAAACUUUGCUUCCCGCCCAUACUCUGUGCACCCACAUGGGGUCUUCUAUGACAAGGACUCUGAAGGAGCACUUUACCCUGAUGGAACUGGCGGUAAAAGCAAAGAGGACGACUUUGUUGUUCCCGGUGGAAAUUACACAUACACAUGGCCAGUAAGGAAAGGUUAUUCCCCAACUUUGGCAGACUCAAACUGCUUGACUUGGAUUUACCAUUCUCACAUUGACACACCAAGAGAUAUUGCAUCUGGUUUAAUUGGGCCUCUGCUGGUGUGUAAAAAAGGAACUGCAGAUGAGACCACAAUAGAAGGGACUGGUGCUGCUAAUGCUUUUGCCCUGAUGUUUAGCAUUGUAGAUGAAAACUUCAGCUGGUACCUCGAUGAGAAUAUAAACACCUUCUGCUUAGAACCAGACACAGUUGACAAAGAGGAUGAAGGUUUCCAGACCAGCAACCGAAUGCAUGCUAUUAAUGGUUACAUAUAUGGCAAUCUCCCUGGCCUGGAAAUGUGUGCUGACACUUCCAUGUCCUGGCACUUGUUUGGCAUGGGAAGCGAGAUAGACAUCCACGCUGCUUAUUUCUAUGGCCACACGUUCACCAGCAGAGACCAGAGAGCAGAUGUGGUUGGUCUCUUCCCAGCGACAUUCAUCACGGCGGAGAUGACUCCUGGCAGCCCCGGGAGGUGGCUGAUAACGUGCCAGGUCAAUGAGCACCUCCGAGGUGGCAUGGAGGCACUAUAUGAUGUUCAGAUCUGCCAAAAAAACCUGUCUCACUCUUCACCAAUCAGUCAUAAGAGAAGAUAUUACAUUGCUGCUGAAGAAGUGCUCUGGAAUUAUGGACCUGACGGUUAUGAUAAAUUCACUGGGCAGGGUUUGAACGCCACUGGCAGUGAAUCUGCAAGAUACUUCACACAAGGGACUGACAGAAUAGGAGGGCAAUACUGGAAAGUUCGCUAUGUGGGAUAUACUGAUGCAACAUUCACUAAGAAGACCUGGUCAGAGGACAUGAAGCACCUGGGAAUACUUGGCCCUGUUAUAAAAGCUGAAGUGGGAGAUACAGUGCUGGUUACUUUUGCCAACAAAGCCAAAAGAAGCUAUAGCAUUAUGGCCCAUGGUGUAAGCUUCAGCAAGCUGUCGGAAGGUGCUCCCUACUUAGAUGGCUACCUGAAGCCAGGAGCCCACGUCAAGCCAGGUGAAACCUUCACCUACAAAUGGAGGGUGCCUGAAAAUGGAGGUCCAACAGAGAGUGACCCCCCGUGCCUGACCUACCUGUACUACUCAGCCACCGAUGCUGUCAAGGACACCAACUCCGGCCUCGUGGGACCUUUGCUGGUCUGUCGGAAGAACACCCUGAAUCACGACAGGACACAGAAAGGAAUAGACAGAGAAUUUUACCUCCUCUUUUCAAUCUUUGAUGAGAAUGACAGCUGGUACCUGAACAAGAAUAUUGAAGCAUUUACUGGAGACCCUUCAAAAGUGGAUGAAACUGAUGCUGAUUUCAUGGAAUCCAACAAAAUGCAUGCUGUCAAUGGCUACCUGUAUGGCAAUCUGCCAGGCCUGACCAUGUGCAAGAAUGACAAGGUCUCCUGGCAUCUCAUUGGGCUGGGCAGUCACUACGACAUGCACGGGGUUCAUUUCCAAGGAAACACCAUCGACUUGAGAGGGACGACAAGGGAUGGGCUGGCCUUGUUUCCUCAUUUAUCAGGGACAGCACUAAUGCAGCCAGACCGUGUGGGCACAUUCAAAGUGGUUUGCAGGACUUUUGAUCACUUUGUUGGUGGGAUGAAGCAUCUCUACGAGGUCAGCAGCUGCCACAACCCCACCCGAGCCCAGCAGCAGCGUGGAGCCAUGAGGCUCUACUACAUUGCUGCAGAGGAGGUUGAGUGGGACUAUGCCUCAAAUAAGAGCUCGACACCAAAGAUUUACAACAUCAGCAGCUAUGAGGAAAGCUAUGGGCACAUUUUUCUGAGCCAAGCAGAGGACCUGAUCGGUUCAAAAUACAAGAAGGUGGUUUACAGGGAGUACACAAGUGGCAACUUCACACAGCGCAAAGUGAGGACAGAAGAGGAGGAACACUUGGAAAUCCUGGGGCCGCUACUCCAUGCCGAGGCCGGUGACUCCGUACUGAUCGUAUUUAAGAACAAAGCCAGCAGGCCUUACUCAAUAAGUGCACAUGGUGUAGAAGAGGUUGGUUGCGAAGAACAGCCUGAGACACCAAUUACCCUCCCUGGGGAAAUAAACACCUACAGGUGGAACAUCCCAGAACGAUCCGGUCCCGGCAAAACAGAUCCAAAUUGUAUCACUUGGGUUUAUUAUUCAACAGCAAAUUUUGUUAAGGACACAUACAGUGGUCUGAUUGGGCCUCUUGUAGUUUGCAGAAAAGGAACUUUAGAUGAAAGAGGUCUAAGGAAAGACAUCGAUCGUGAAUUUACUCUUCUGUUCAUGGUGUUCGAUGAAAACGAAUCCUGGUAUUUGAAAGAAAAUAUUGAAACAUACCUUCAUAAGAAUCCUGAGGAUUUUAAUUCCACUGAGAACUUCGUAGAAGGCAACAGCAUGCACGCAAUCAAUGGGAAGAUUUACAACAGUCUCUUGGGUCUAACAAUGAAUGAAGGUGAUAGGACAAACUGGUAUUUGAUAGGAAUGGGCAAUGAAGUGGAUAUCCACACAGUUCACUUCCAUGCACAGACCUUCAUCUUCAAGACAGAUCAGGACCACAGAGGAGAUGUAUAUGACCUUUUCCCUGGGACCUUCCAGACAGUUGAACUUGUAGCAGAAAACCCUGGAACGUGGCUUCUGCACUGUCACGUGGCUGACCACAUCCAUGCUGGCAUGGAGACAACCUACACCAUCAAUAAAUCAGAAGAGAGACGACAGUGGGAAGUUCCUUCAGAAGGAGGACACACAACUGGAACAUACAACACAACUCCUGCAACAAAUGAAACCACUGCAAAGGAUUAUGACAACAAAGUGGGCAAUUUUUUCGGCAAAACUUUGAGUCCUGGAGAAGCCAGCCUGAUACUUGCAGCUUUUGUUUGCAUUGGACUUGUUCUACUGUCAACAGCAUUAAUCUUCUUCUGCUUCAUCACCCACCAAGGAAAUAGAAUCCAUUACACAGCUCUGGAUGAUAAAAGUGCACUUCUGGCAGAUUCCCUGUAAAUCCCCACUUUUAAUAUUGUUCACAGGGACUCACUGGAUUUCACAACAUAGAACCAUAAAACCAUUAAGUUUGGAGAACACCUCUAAGAUCAUUGAGUCCAGCCAUUAAUCUAAUACUGCCAGGAAACAUGCUGCUAAUAAAACUGGAGCAGGGCAUAUGCUGACAGUCCUACCCCAUGGCCAGUGCUCACAAGAGUGGACACGAGCUGUAGGGCUCAGCUCCAAGAGCCAGGUACCACCCAUCACCAUUUCCACUCUCUGGAGUUCAGAUGAGCUCUGUCCAAAAUCCAAUCUGGCAGCUGAGCAGAGCAGCACACACCUCUUGGCAAACACAAGAGUAAGGAACAGGCAGAAUGGCAUCCAUGUGCUCUGUGCAGAAACUUGGGGUUCACAUUAGAAAAUAAACGCCAUCAGGGACUGGCUUAAGUUGUCAGGUUCUGAAGGAGUAGGUGCAAAUCUCCAAGUCCCUGCCACUUCCCAAAGUCUGGCUCAAUGAAUUCACCACCACUCGAGUGAUUGCCUCUUUUUUUUUUUCCCUGUUAAAUGAGGAAACUUUGCACUGGGGACAGAUUUCUGAAGACCUACAAAUAAAUUUUAGCACCUGAUAGGUUCAGCAGUGCCCCUGCUGUUAGUUUCUAACAGCUUUUAUUUAUCUCUAAAAAUCUAGUUCUGAACAACCUCCAAGAGAUUAAUUGACUUUGUAAAUGCUGCUUGUUAUGGUCCUGAUUCUGUACCUCUUCUUUGCACUGAGCAACACCUCUCUCCCUACAUCUAAUGAAGCCAUCAGGAGGAUAAUCUUUGUGCUCUGCAAGGCAGACAGACAGAAUCAGGACAUGUUUAGUGAUACUUGAAUGUUUAUAGCUAAUUUUUUAUUAGGUUGUGUUCAUUCUUGCCUGCUCAUGCCUGCUAUAGCUCUAGCAGAGGAAUUCCAGAACAAAAACCUUUGUAAAACUGUUUACACAAAUUUGAUUUUGAAUGUAAAUUCAAGUUGCUGUUUUGGUUUUUUUAAAUUUUAUUUUUUCCACUUCUGUACUUUAAAGUAUGUUCAAAGGUAGGAAAUUUUACUGUGCAACACUCUUACUGUAGCUUAAAUGUGUCCUGCAUUGAUAUCCAGUCAACAAUAUGUUGAAGGUUUCUCCGUAAUUUCUUUGUUUUCCUCAGUCAUUUGAAAGCAUGAACAUAAAGUACAAAUGAAGGACCAAGCCCUUAUAGAAUUUACAUCAUAUCAAAAAACCCAAAAAUCUCCUUCCUAAAAUCUCCAAUUUGACCUGGCAAAAACAGGUACUCUACCCUUUCAUCUUCCUGUCCUUUAAGCUUUAAAAUUGGGGUCUCUUCUUCUGUGCAAAAAUACUGUCUGUGCAGAACUUUAGCACUCUGUGUACAUAUAAAAUUAAAGCCUUCCACUCAAAAUGUACUAUUAAGAAAGAAAAUUAUUUGGUACUUUACUUCUAGGGUAACUAAUGUACCUGAUGUUUUAGAAACAGAGUCUUAAGUAUGUUUUGACUGUAGAAACUAGUUUGCCAAAGUGAUUACACUGAUAAUAAAGAACCCCAGAUAUUUGUA